GCCAAAACGUAGAUGAAAUAUGAAAAAAAUAUGCCGUCGGUAGAAAAUAUCGCCACAAACGAAAGAUAAACGCAAAACUCGCUGAAAUAAAUUGAAAUAUUUUUAAAUAAAACAAAAAUUACAUAUGAGAAAAGUGUUGUGUACUAAACAUAUAUGAGAAAAGGUCAAAAAUAUAUCCUUUACAUAUCCCUUGCUUAAAAAUGUGCGUUUGUGCUGAAAAAGUGUUGAAAAUCUAAAAACAAAAAAGGAUAUCCUUUUUGCUGCAAGCCAAUUGAAAGUGCAUAACUCCCUUCGGAAAUGGAUCAUCAUAGCGGCGGAUUUGUUGCCUCUCCAUGGGCCGCUGUUUUGGGCCAUCAUGCCAUGGCGGCCACCGCAGGAGCCGAUGCAGGAUUUGCCGCCGCUGCAGCAGCGCAUGUGCAAAAUGUGGCUGUGGCCGCCCAGCAUCAUCACCACUCUCAUCAUCAGAUAGCCGCUGCUGCUCAUCAUUCACACCAUCAUGGACAUCCGCAUACAACACAUCCGCAUCAUCAUCACCACCACCAUCACACACACCCGCACUCGCAUCACCUGAGUCCGAGUGGAAUGCCAAUGGAUUUGCAUGUGCCCCAAGGAUUUCCCUAUUACAGAUACCGUGAAGAUGCUCUUUGCUGGGGUGAUAGAAAAUCAAUGGAGGAGAUUGGAGCCGCUCAGUCAUCGGUAAACGCGCGAAUUUUAGAAUUACGCAAAGAGAAAUCCCGCGAUGCAGCUCGUUCAAGACGAGGCAAGGAAAAUUUUGAAUUUUAUGAAUUGGCCAAAAUGUUACCACUACCCGCAGCAAUUACCAGUCAAUUGGAUAAGGCUUCGAUAAUAAGACUGACCAUAAGCUAUUUGAAAUUAAGAGACUUUUCCAGUCAUGGUGAUCCCCCAUGGACUAGAGAACAAAGCACCAGCAGCAAAUUGAAAAGUGCAGCCAUAAGACGCAGCCCCGCCGUUGAUUUAUUCGAACAACAUCAGGGCACCCACAUACUACAGUCUUUGGAUGGCUUCGCUUUGGCAGUGGCUGCUGAUGGCCGUUUCCUGUACAUAUCGGAAACGGUAUCCAUAUAUUUGGGCUUGUCACAGGUGGAAAUGACAGGCAGCAGUAUAUUCGAUUAUAUACACCAGGGCGAUCAUGCCGAAAUUGCUGAGCAAUUGGGCUUAAGCUUAACCAGUGGAGGUAUAUCCGGUGCUGGCUCAAGUUCAGGUCCAGCUGGCAUGUCCUCGCCGCAUUCAGGAGGCUCAGAUGAUGGUGUGGGUUCGCAUGGCACCAAUAAUCCAGAUGUUUCCGGCCAAAUGACUAUGAAUUCAAAUAGCGGCUAUAAAGGUUUCGAACGCUCAUUUUGUGUGCGCAUGAAAUCGACUUUAACCAAACGAGGCUGUCAUUUUAAAUCUAGCGGUUAUAGGGUUGUGCUAUUAUUGUGUAAACUACGCCCGCAAUACACCUUUUCGCAUACGAGAAAAUCACAACCCCCUCUACUGGGUAUGGUGGCACUGGCCAUUGCAUUGCCACCACCCUCGGUGCAUGAAAUUCGAUUGGAAUGCGAUAUGUUUGUGACACGACUUAAUUUCGAUUUUCGAAUUGCCCACUGUGAGCCAAGAGUAUCUGAAUUAUUGGAUUAUUCCCCUGAAGAAAUGGUGGGCAAAAGUAUGUACUCACUGUGCCAUGCAGAAGAUUCCAAUCGCAUGAGGAAACAUCACACAGAUCUUAUUGAAAAAGGUCAGGUCCUUACUGGCUACUAUCGUUUGAUGAACAAAAGCGGUGGCUACACCUGGAUGCAGAGCUGUGCCACCGUUGUGUGUAAUUCCAAAAAUGCCGAUGAGCAGAAUAUCAUUUGUGUGAAUUAUGUGAUUAGCAAUCGUGAACAUGAAAAUCUAAUUUUGGAUUGUUGCCAAUUGGAGCCUAGCAUAGAUAGCAUCAAACACGAGGACCUCUCAAGUCUGGACAAGAGUUCGGGUUCCCCAGGGGGAGAUGCCACAGCCCCCACUUGUUUAGAUCAAAAUGGCCACAAUGGUCUGGUGGGCAGUGAUACCAAAUUGGCUUCACCCAAAACUGAACCGGAUACACAACAGCAACAUCAGCAGCAGAAAUCAAGAGGCCGUGGGGGCAAUGGUGGCAACAACAGCAAUUUGUCCCUUAUCAAAGAAAGUGCCACACCCACUGUGGUGGGUGCUUUAGAUGAUGCUACAAUUAAUGCCUUACCCACCACGGUACCAUCGGCGCCUACGCCGACUCCUACAACUACCAAGCGAAAGCGCAAAUCCAAAGCUGUGCCUCAGCAGGUGGAGGGCAAUGAGAAUGUAGUUGACUCGGGGGUGGUAAAUGAACCAAAUGCCAAAGUUCCUUCUUUAGAUCGUGAUACGCCACGCACCAGAUUGCCCUCAAUCAUAGACGAACAGCAGCAGCAGCAACAACAGCAACAACAACAACAACAGCAGCAGCAUCAACAGCAACCCCAACAACCAGCUCCUUCCCAAAUACAAAGUUCCGAGAACUCUGUUAAAGAUUUGGAACAAGCCAUGUCAAAACAUCUGCCUUCGCCCAGUAGUGGAGCUGUAGUAGUUGGUUCAAAUGCGGUAAGCAAUACCACAGAUUUCAGUGCCGACUCUUUGCUCAAACAGCAACAACAAAAUGAGAAAAGCAGUACCAUACAAUGGAUUGGUGCACCCCACUAUCAACAACCUGCUGCUCCCAUGCCAGCCACUGCUCUGCUGAGGCAGCUCUAUGCCAAUAGGGAAAGUGUGAUAAGAGCCACAGCGAGGCAAACUCCCACAGGUGCAUUCUAUGGAGACCAACAAACGGGACCCCUACCCACCCCACCGGGCAGUGAGUCGUCCUAUGAUAAUCAAUACCUGCAGCUGCAUUCCCAUCCGCAAAAGACCUCCACGGAUGCCUUUAACAAUCUUGUGUCCACCUAUGGCACCUACCAUCACAGUUCCAUAGACUAUCACAAUGCUAUGACGCCGCCCAGCUCGGUUUCGCCACGUGAUUCAAAUAAUUCCCUUAACGCAGGCAAAACUACAUCGGCCCUUACCACGCUAAAUGGCAGUUACGAAUAUGUGGAUCCCCUCAAAUCCCAAUACCCCUCCUUGACCACCAGCAGUACAACAGAUGUCUCCUCAGCUCUGCCCCUUAAACCUCAACCAUAUUCGGCCACAGCAGCAAUGCAUCAUACAAGUGGAGCAGAUGGAUCUGGUGGCCUAACCUACAGUAAUUUAGAUCAGCCUCAAUAUUUUCCUACACAUUCGAGUUUCCAUUUGUAUCAUAAGGGUGGCCCGACAAGUGGCUGGUAUUCCACACCAUCAUAGGCCGACUUUAGUUAUAGUUCAAAUUAUGACACAGCUCCAAUGUUAAUGGAUGUCUCAUCGCCUUCCCAUUGUCUACAGCAUCAGAAUUAUGCCACACCUCGCUCCAAUGCAUUGAAUAGAAAAGAUGGUUGGGAUAUUGUGGGUACUUUGGGGAAAAUGGCGCGAAUGUUUUUCAAUGUAAGAAAGGGUAAUUAGAAAAUGGGGUAUUGGGUCUGCUUAAGAAUUACCAGGGCCGCAAAUAAGCCCCAGGAAAUAUGGCCCAAUUCUAAUUGAGAAAAAAAAUAGCCCUCAAUCCAAAUUGAGAAAAAUGGGCGGGGGGUCAAAAAAGAGUCAACAUGGCCAAUGGUACAGCCUUAAAACAAGGAGCCGUACGAUGUAGGAUAUUUUGAGUACCCUGGCCACAUUUUUCAGUUAAUUUUCCGGUAGUGUAGCAUUUUGGAUUUUCAGAAAAUCGGGAAGCCAUUUGGCCCUCUUGGCUACAUUCUUCAACAGUUUUUGCUCUAAUUUGACAUUUUUUGGUUUUCAAAGGGUGAAAGAGUGUCAAUAUAGGCCCACGGUUAUGAAAAGACUCAAUAGAACGGCAUUCACCAUUGGUCCAACUCUCUUCAGAAGCUUUGGUCUCUUGCGGCCAUGGUAUUAUAAUGGGAAACAACUUUCCAAGUAAGUCCGAUUGAAGACUGCCACUAUGACCUAACCUUCGUCGAAGUGUGUACUUUUACAUAAAAAUAAUAUACGAAGAAGACAUUAGGCGGUACCAGUUAAAAUAACUUGUUGCAAUUUUUCCUAAAGAUUCUUUUCUUAAUAAUACCCAUCAGCAUAGGAUGGGGCGUAUACUAAUCUAGUCAUUCUGUUUGUAAUACCUCGAAAUAUUGAUCUGCGACCCUUAAAGUAUAUAUACUCUUGAUCGUCUUGACAUUCAAAAUGGAUCUUGGCAUGUCCAAAAUUUGGCCCAAGGACUUCUGUUCUGACUUCCAAUAUC